AUGACGCCUCCUCUUGCAUCGGCGGAGCGCACGGCCACCCCGGGGCAGCUGCCCACCGAGGCUGUGUCGGCGAGGUUGCAGGUGCGUGACGCCGCGGAGGAGCAGCGGCAGCCGGCCGGAGGCUCCGAGCCAGCGGAGGAGCUGGCCUCCAGGCCGGCGACACAGCUGCAGCCAGCGUCCAUCGGCGGGGGGCAGCAGGGACCGGCACAGGGCCGGGUCUUGCAGCAGCCGCCCCCUGGUACUGGCGAUGAGAGGAUGGGGGCAGAGACGCCCCAAAUCCUUUCUACGGCGGCGGUGCAGGUCGGGUUGGGGAGGAGCCCCAGCCUAUCCGUCGCGCCUCCUUCGCCUGGAGGGGCGGUGGCGUCGAGCCUCUCUCCGACGGGAGUGCAGGUCGGGCUGGAGAGGAGCCCCAGCCCACCUUUCACGCCUCCUUCGCCUGGAGGGGCAGCGGCGUCGCGUCCGGGCUCGGUGCAGGGGGCUUCCUCGACAUCCACCCCUGUACUGCAUGUUCCUCCUUCGACGUCGGCUAUGGUACCUGCUUCACCUCGACCGAGUCCGUCCCCCCCACCAGCCGCACCGCAGCCUCAGCCCACGGGUCCUCCACCGGCUAUGCAGCCGACAGUGAGGAGGAGUGGGAGGUAUGCGGUGGCGGAGGAUGGAGCGGGUGUCACGGAUGAAGAUGUGAUGCAGAGAGCUAUGCGGCGCAAGGCGGAACUGAACCUCGACACGGCAGAGAUUAUGAUUUAG